CACAGCCAAUUGUAUAACGGAGAUUUCUGCCAUUCAACAAAUCUAUCGAAGCAAAUGGGGUCCUCAGAAGGAGUCAUUUCGUUGGGAGCAUGGGGGAGUCGCUCAGGCGGCGUGCCUUGGAGCUACAAACCCAGCUCUGGAAUAACUGAGAUAACCAUCCAUGAAGCUGGUAUUAUCAAGUCCAUUUCCUUCAAAGACGCAGCUGGCCUUUUCUCUGGGACAUUCGGUGGCGGGAGCCCUGAUGCUUCCGAGAGGGGUGUAGAGAAAAAGGUUACUAUCAAUUUCCCUUUGGAGUACUUGAAAUCCAUAAGUGGAACGUAUGGUGACUACAAAGGUGUAUCUGAUGUUAUCAUUUCACUAUCUUUCAACACAAAUCUCACUACACAUGGACCUUUCGGAACCAGAAGUACUAGUUCUGGUAAGCCUUUCAGCGUCCCCAUAACAGACAGUGUCGUAGUUGGAUUUCAUGGACGCGCUUGCUACUACCUUGAUGCUAUUGGUGUUUAUGUAAAACCAGUAAAUCCAGAUGGAAGCAUUUCAUUUGGGAAAUCGGGAGGUUUGGGUGGAGAUAACCCAAUGAGUUUCACGGUGGGAAAUAGUAGCUGGAUAACUGUCCACAACGACCGCGCCAAUGGACAAAAUAUAAUCGAUCAUCAGGGGUCCUCAGGAGGAGUCAUUUCGAUCGGAGAAUCGGGGAGUGGUUCAGGCGGCGUGCCUUGGAGCUACAAACGCAGCUCUGGACAAAGUGAUAUAACCAUCCAUGAAGGUGGUAAUGUCAACUACAUUUCCUUCAAAGGCGCAGGUGGCUUUAUCUCUGGCACAUUCGGUGGCGGCAGACCAGCUGAUGCUUCGGAAACCGGUCAAGAGAUAAAGGGGUCCUCAAAAGAAAUCACUUCGGAAAGGGGUGAAGAGAAAAAGGUUACUGUCAAUUGGCCUUCAGAGCACUUGAAAUCCAUAAGUGGAACGUAUGGUGACUACAAUGGUGUAUCUGAUGUUAUCACUUCACUAUCUUUUCACACAAAUCUGACCACACAUGGACCAUUCGGAACAAGUAGUACUACUUCUGGUAAGCCUUUCAGCUCCCCCAUCACAGACAGUGCCGUAGUUGGAUUUCAUGGACGCUCUGGCCGCUACCUUGAUGCUCUUGGUAUUUAUGUCAAACCAUUAAAUACAGAAGGAAUCAUUUCAUUUGGGAUAUGGGGAGGUUUGGGAGGAGAUAGCCCAAUUAGUUUCAAGGUGGGAAGUGGUAGUUGCAUAAAACAGAUAUCUGUCAACCAUGAUGAUUCCAAUAUCAAGUCUCUCACUUUCUUGGACGGCAAUGGCCGCGUCUAUGGAAAAUUUGGUGGCAAGAAUACUAACGACAUGGGUGUAGAAAAAAUAAUUGAGUUUGAUGGGCGUUCGAAGUUUUUGACAUCCAUAAGUGGGACAUAUGGAAGUUAUCGUGGAAUAACUGUGAUCACAUCAUUAUCGUUUACAACAAAUCUUAAUACAUCAUAUGGACCAUUCGGGAAAGAAACAGGCCAUGCUUUCUCAAACCCAAUUCAAGGUGGCGUCGUUGUUGGAUUCCAUGGAAAAUCAGGCCACUAUAUUGAUUCAAUUGGCAUCUAUGUCAAACCGGCGUCCUCCUCAGGAGGAGCCAUUUCAUUGGGACCAUGGGGGAGUAGCUCAGGCGGCGAGCCUUGGAGCUACAAACCCAGCUCUGGAAUAAGCGAGAUAACCAUCCAUGAAGCUGGUAAUAUCAACUCCAUUUCCUUCAAAGAUGCAGCUGGCUCUGUCUCUAAGACAUUCGGUGGCGGAAACCUUGAUGUCGUUUCGGAAACGGGUGAAGACAAAAAGGGCUCCUCAACAGGAGUCAUUUCGGUUGGACCAUGGGGGAGUCGUUCGGGUGGUGAGCCUUGGAACUACAAACCCACCUCUGGAAUAACUGAGAUAACAAUCCAUGAAGGUGGUAAUAUCAAGUCCAUUUCCUUCAAAGAUGCACGUGGCUAUAUCUCUAGGACAUUCGGCGGCGGAAACCUUGAUGCUUCGGAAAAAGGUGUAGAGAAAAAGAAGCUUACUAUCAACUGGCCUUCGGAGUAUUUGAAAUCCAUAAGUGGAACGUAUGGUGACUACAAAGGUGUAUCUCAUGUUAUCAUUUCACUAUUUUUCAACACAAAUCUGACCACACAUGGACCUUUUGGAACCAGUAGUACUACUUCUGGUAAGCCUUUCACCAUCCCCAUUGCAGACAGUGCCGUAGUUGGAUUUCAUGGACGCUCUAGCAACUACCUUGAUGCUAUUGGUAUUUUUGUAAAACCAGUAAAUCCAGAUGGAAUCAUUUCAUUUGGGAUAUGGGGAGGUUUGGGUGGAGAUAGCCCAAUUAGUUUCAAGGUGGGAAGUGGGAGUUGGAUAAAACAGAUAUCUGUCGGCCAUGAUGAUUCCAAUAUCACGUCUCUCACUUUCUUGGACGGCAAUGGCCGCGUCUAUGGAAAAUUUGGUGGCAAGAAUCCUAACGAUAUUGGUGUGGAAAAAAUAAUUGAGUUUGAUGGGCGUUCGAAGUUUUUGACAUCCAUAAGUGGGACAUAUGGAAUUUAUCGUGGAUUAACUGUGAUCACAUCAUUAUCAUUUAUAACAAAUGUUGAUACAUAUGGACCAUUCGGAAAAGAAACAGGCACUAUUUUCUCAAACCCAAUUCAAGGUGGCGUCGUUGUUGGGUUCCAUGGAAAAUCAGGCCACUACAUUGAUUCAAUUGGCAUCUAUGUCAAACCGGUAAAGGCUGCAUAAUGGACCUGGCUGAGGAAAAGUAGAAUUGCACAUUUUGAUGUGCAUUCUUCGUUGGGAUACGUUUAUCAUAUGUUUUCGUUGGAUUUGGAUCCUUAUUUACAUCUUUGUAAUAAGAUAGGAUAUGGUUUAUAUGAUCAUAUCCUAAGUCAAAAGUCUUUACCUUUAUUAUGUGUUUUGAGUGUAUCUGAACUAAUAAUAAGUUGAUGACUCUGAGCUUUAGCUCACUCGGUCAGCCAACCAGUUGUAAUAUAUUAAGUUUUGUUUUGGCUGUGAAUAAUAUAUUACCUUGUGUGUUCUA